GAUAUUUCUCCGCGUUAGAUGGCUACUGCGAGGGAUAAUCUGGAAUUUUGCUAGGUUUUGAGAUUAGAUCUCUCACGUCUUCGUACUUACUUAUCUCAGUUCAGAAAAGGCGUAAGCACGUUUUACUUACUUACAGUACUUACUUAUUCUCCGGCAUCAACUGAACAAAUCAUUCGCUCAUUGUUGGUUUAUCAUUUCCUUCCUACACGACGCAAGCAGACCACGACGAAUCUCAAUUGGGGAAAUUCCCAGCACAUGAACAAAAAUCAUGGGGGACCAUACUCUUUUCUUUUACGGAACCCUCAUGGCUCCCCAAAUCCUCCACCGCGUAUGCCACGGCCGUCCUGACCCGGAACCCUGGCAGAAAAACAUGCUGACUAUCCGACCGGCCAUUCUACAUGGAUAUCGCCGUCAUCGUGUCCGCAAUGCUGAUUAUCCUGGAAUUAUCCCCAGCAGCAGUUCGUCCGAGUCUUCCGUGUUAGGGACCGUCGUUUCGGGCCUUACUGAUGGUGACGUCUAUCGUCUGGACCGGUUCGAAGGGGAUGAGUAUGUGAAGAAGCCCGUGAGAGUGCGCGUCCUGCGCAGUACCGCCGCCGUCGGGGGGAGGACGGAAGAGAGUACUGCGAAGAGAGGGGACGAGCAUUUGAGGGAUAUGUUGGAUAAGGCGGAAGCGGAGCUCGCGGAUGAAGGGGAGGAGGUCGAUGCCGUGGUGUAUGUGUGGGCGGCGGGUGAGGAUCAAUUGGAGAGCGGCGAGUGGGACUUUGAGACUUUCAAGAGGGAUAAGAUGAGUUGGUGGGUAAAGGCGGAUGAAAGUGAGUGGUGAGGAGGUGUGUUCUGGCAUAGAAAGAAGGGGGGGUUUGGAAAGAGGACUCGGCAUAAAUGAACCAGAGGAAUCAGGGCAGAGCACUUUGGAGUGAUGGUGUUGUAAGUCGAGCUCUCUCGGUGGGAAAACUAGCGGGCCUACUUAAAGAUAUCGCGAUAUAAUAGAGACA